UCACCUCCGAGACAAUAGCCCGGUGCACUGCGGUUCAGUCGAUUCGAACUCUCUCAUUAACGUGACUGCGUUUUUUUUCUUGACAAGUUUAAUAGUUCACGGGCAUCACCAAGUCUGGAGCUGUAUGUUUGGCGUUCAGAGGAGAUGACGCAUAGGAGACAGCUGUGACGAAAGAAACACAGGGCAUAAGUUGACGUAUUCAGUUGACUAAAGAUGUUUUUGGCCAAAAGACUUAUUGGUGGCAUUCUUGAUGUCGUAAGCAAUAUUGAUCCAGCUGCUUUUGUGCCCUCUGACCCACCUGCACCACGAAGGCCACUUGCAUACACAGAGCAAAGUGAGAGUGAUGAGGAAAGACAGUUUCGCAAAGUCUUCCAGCAGUUGGCUGGAGAUGACAUGGAGGUUAGCCCCUCCGAACUGAUGAACAUCUUGAACCGAAUUAUUGGCAAGCAUGGUGACCUCAAGACGGACGGGUUUAGCAUUGAGUCAUGCAGGAGCAUGGUGGCCGUCAUGGAUUGCGACAGCACUGGGAAGCUGGGAUUCUAUGAGUUCAAACACCUUUGGAACAAUAUCAAGAAAUGGCAGGGCGUGUAUAAAACAUAUGACACUGAUGGCUCUGGGAUUAUUGGUGCAGAUGAGCUCCCUAACGCUUUUCGGGCUGCAGGCUUCCCUCUCAACGACCAGCUGUUCCAAAUGAUCAUCCGCAGAUACAGUGAUGAAAACGGGAACAUGGACUUUGAUAAUUACAUUGGUUGCCUUGUGAGACUGGAUGCUAUGUGCCGUGCCUUCAAAACCCUAGAUAAGGACAACAAUGGAACCAUCAAGGUCAAUGUUCAAGAGUGGCUCCAGUUGACCAUGUACUCCUGAAGACAGAAAAUACCUUCACCUCUAUGCAAAACUGUCUCUACAUUCUUCCGUGCUUUAGACCACUCAAAGCCCCAGCCCCCAAUGUCAGUCAACUAGUUCCCCAGUGUAUGCCGGUUUUUCUCCAUUCAACAUACGUAAAGUGAAUACAACAUAUUAUACAACAACAGGGGAGUUGUAGGCUAAAGUAGGAGCGUAAACUUGCACACAGUGGUUCUUUGGGCUGAUGUAGAGAAUUCUGGGCUACACAAUAUACUGCUGGUCCUGCACACGCCAGACUUUGCUUUUAUUACUUUGCAUUUCAAAACCUCUACACAGGCUAUAGCAGUAUUCACCUGUCCAAUAACUUUCAAGUUGUAAUAAUUUUGUUUAGCUAAUUCUGAAAGUCCGUAGAUGUCACAUGUCGCUUCUCAUAACGCCAGCUCGAUAUUUUUGUCAUGUCAGAUAAUGACAAGAAAAAUCAUUUGGUUUGUGCCAAUGCUGCAUGCCAUUAAGAAUUCCAAAGGAUUGGGUACUGUUUGCCAUAAGUCACUGAUCUGUUAUGGUCUUUGAAAUGCCCAUUGUCAUAUUUUGUAUGUAAUAAAAAAUUAAACUCUA